AUGAUGGAUAUGCAAAUAUCAGCUAUUCGACGAAAUUAUCCAUCAUCUAAAAUUUAUUCAAAUAAUAAUAACAAUGAUUUAUCUGAGACUAAUUCUAUAUUAUAUAAUGAUCGAAUAAUAAAGCCCUCAAUAAUGCAACCAAAUCUAUCUGAACACAAUAUUUAUUCAACUUUAAAUUAUAAUCAUAAUAAAAAUCCAUCAUUUACAUAUCGAACAAAAUAUUCAACAUAUUUACCCGAUGAUUUUACAUUAGAUGAAACUAGCGGUUGUGUUGAACAUUCAACAGGUAUUUUCACUGAUGAAGUAUUGAAACAUGUAUACAGCAUAUCAAAUAAAUUAAGUCAAAAUAAAUCAGUAUUACUUGUUCAAUUAACCGAAGAUGAAUUAGCAUUUACACGAUUUCUUCGUUGGUCAUCAUAUAGUAUUUAUCUUCGGCAUUCAAAACGUGUGAAACAAUUAGAAACACGAAUGAAUCAAAUGAUUCAUAAUGGUAUUACUGAAUAUCCGGGUGAUAAUGCAACAGUUGCACAAUUUUUUGCUACUUUUCCAAAAACUGUUGAAGUUGUCCUACCCGGUAUGGUUAAUAUUAGCUCAACUAAUUUACAUAAAAUGAUUCUUCAUCGAUCAUUUGAUUGGUAUAUGCUUAAAUAUUGUUGUUUAUUAAAUGACAAUGGUCAAGGAUAUAUGAUAUCUUCUGAUGGUUUUCAAUAUACACGUCAUUGGAUGGAUAUAGUAUACGGAGUUGAAAUGGCCGAUGCAAUGUUUAAAUUUAGUCGAUGUUUUCAUAAUCUUAAUUUAACUGAAGCUGAAAUUAGUCUGGUAAUGCCUUUACAAAUAUGUCAUACAGAUUUAACUAUAGAAGAUGAAGAAAUACAACAAAUGCUACGUGCAUGUUAUCUUUAUGCUCUUUAUCAAGAAUUAUGUGAAAAUCGUGGUGCACAAGAAGGAAGAAUAUUAUGCAGUAAAAUUUUACAGGUACUAGAUCAAUUGGUUCCUCUUAAUGAACUUUAUGAGAAAAAUGUUGGAUCUCGUGUAUUAGAAGGUAGAUAA